AUGGCACCUAUCGCUCGGUCAGUCAGACUGCGCCCAUUCACACGCAAAAGAGCCACGGUCGCAAUUUGCAGCCCAGACACCUCCAAACCGGUCCCAAACUUGGAAACUCUCGUAGUCCCCUCUUUCUCCCAGAAUGACACUCUGCAUGUGCUCGUUAAAGAUCUAGCGUCACUUUGGAACUUCCCUUCCUCUUACCAAGUGAUUGGCCACAUGUCGCGUCGUCUGGGCGUUUCUAAGGACGAAUUGGUGCAGAAGUCUACCCGGGAACUAAACAAGCGAUUAUAUGAGCAGGGACUCAUUUUGGAGUCAGAUGUAGACACAGUGCUCUUUUAUAUGGAUCUCCUGAAGUUGACCUCGAUUCUUGUAGAUUGCUCGAUCUUGUUUGGCGAGUUCCAACUUGACGAGUUCCCUUCGGGUCUAGCUCCAGACACUUCCCUCGACAAAGUUGCUCCGACUGUUGAGCAGGUAUUUCCAGAUGUGGGUGAGGUCGACAAGACGCUUCCGCUCACGUAUGCUUCGUUCUUGGCCCUCAAUCCUUUGACUAAGCUUCAGGUGUAUAAACACGAGGGCACAUACAGAAAACUAUAUUCUACCGCACUCACGGCGGGCGAGAGAGAGCUCUUGCUCCGUGAAAAUGAGUUCUGGUCGUAUGACUUCAGUUUGGAGGGAAAUUCGGCCCAUGUAGACUCUAAGGCCGACAACAAGAAGAACAGUAAGUCUCGCCGUACAGCCAAUCUUGAUCCAAACACACUAGAUGUGACAGAAAACAUUUUGCCGGGCUCUGGUGUUAUCCCAAGAUUCGUGGUCAAUUCGGUGUGUAAGGUGCCCAACUACUAUGCCACCAACAAUCUGAUGGGUAUUACUCAACAGAACUCAUACUAUAAUCGCGCUGACGAGCAUUUGGGUGGACUCAAGCUCAAAUUCUCUGAUUCUAGUAACGCUUCAAAACAAAUCAGUCUGUUGAUUCCAGCCGGUGACCAAGAUUCAUUCCUUUACAAGUAUUACUACUACAAGCACUACAGGGGACCCGGUGCCGCCGGUGUAUUCAAAGAUAGUGUGAUGACCAGCAAGAUUAACAAAAUAAGGACUUUAGAUGAAGAUCCAAAAAUUACCAAGAAGCGCCCGUCUCAUAUUCCCGCUUAUAGGGUCAUGAAGCAGGAGCCAAUGGCUCAACGCAAUGUCAAGCCUUUGGUACAUCCAUAUUACGCCAAAGAGAACGUUGAAGUGCUUGUUCUGAGACAACGUGUAUACACCGAGGAUUUCGACAACAUGGAGAUGCUCCACAACACAAACACAUUUAACAUAUUGACGAACGCUUACAGAGGUAUUGGAGACGAGACUUGGAAGUUGUUCUUCAAAUUCAAAUCGCUUGAUUUUGAGAAGUUGUAUCUGAUUCAGAAAGCUGAAUUGCGCAAGAAGAAGAAAGACGAGCUCGUGGCUCGUCAAGCAGAAUUGCAGCUGAAAUCCGAGAUUCAGCUUCCAACUCCACCCGAGCUAGCUGAAAUACUUCAGCCGGACUUGUCCAACCGCUUCACACUCCCCACGCACUACCCUGAGAUUAUGCAAAAGAUCCCAGUGCACUUAAGAGGAAACCCUGACGAUCCACUGUCUCAAAUAAGUGGGCCACUUCGAUACGUUGCCCGAACUGCGGACAAAGGUACGCCUGAGUACUUGAAUCAAAUCGAGGUUAUUAAGCUUCCAAAUGCCAACUCGAUUGCAUGGGACAAUUUGAGGAAGUAUCGUCGGCCCUAA